UACACAGGACUGACUCUUCAGCUGCCUCUGAAAGGCGAACAAUGGAUUGGCAGAAGCAAGGAUGGUUUGUAUGUGCGUGUUUUCUCGGAUUUGUGACCUCGGUGCAGAGCAUAAGACGAGAAGAGUUUUUCCCUUUUGGUCCAGACGCAGGAGACCAGUUACUGGAACCAGGGAAUGACCGGACGCACCAACUUAAUCUGGACAACCCAGUGCUGUUUUAUGAUGGCACUUUCAACAACAUUUUUAUCAACACCAAUGGUUUUGUUGCCACAACUGAGCCAACAAGCGAGUCGACAUAUCUCGGCAAAAUGCCGCCCAAAUUUGGAAUGAUUGCAGCUCUGCAAGGGGACCUGGACACAAGUGAUGGUGUGGGGAAAGUGUUUUUCCGUCAGGACUCCAGACCAGUCGUCCUGCGUCGGGCAGCUGAGCACAUUAACAGAGCCUUCCCAGAGGACGAUGAGGUUGAUCCCACACAUGCUGUGGUGGUCACUUGGGUUGACGUCGCCCCUCAUGAACCUCAAACUAGAGGCGAUGGCGCUCACAAGAAGAGAAACACCUUCCAGCUGGUUAUACCAUCAUUGAAGACUGCGUCAUAUGCUAUUUUGCUCUAUGAAAGGGAUGGAAUACAGUUUUCCUCCACACCUGUUGAAGAUAGUACUGUGGUCAUGCAUGCUGGAUUCAGUAAAGGUUUAGUCCGACGUUUCCUGUUUUCCAGCCAGGGACAAUACUACCGCACCAGCACUGAUGAGGAGGCAUCUGUUAGGGCUUUAGCAAAAGAGACGAACUCUGGCUUGUCGGGUGUAUGGGUGUAUGAGAUUGGAACUUCUCCCUAUUUUAGCAACGUGGCUCCAGGCGAGGUCACUGACCUGCCCACUGAGGCGCCAGCACCGGCUGCUGACUCAAGGCUGCAUGAGUAUACUGAUGGGCAAGUGAAAUACUCUCCUUAUGAACCAGAUCCAGGACAAGUUGAAAUACAUCCAAUUCAAUACCUGCCACGUCAGCCGGAUAACCCUGAAGUAGUGGUGGUUGAUGACACUGAUAUAAAUGUAGAUGUGUUCUCAUACAAUCUUGGGACGUGUGCCAACAACAGAAAUAAGUGCUCCCAGUUUGCUGACUGCAGAGACUAUUCGAGUGGAUUCUGCUGCCACUGCAGGCCUGGUUACUAUGGCAGUGGAAUACAGUGUGUGGCAGACGGAAAACCGCAAAGGAUGAAUGGCAAAAUACAUGGACAAGUAUUUGUGGGCAACUCUCCUUCUCCAGUGGAAUUUACCAGCAAUGAUCUCCACUCCUAUGUUGUAGUAAACGAUGGCCGAUCUUACAUUGCCAUUAGUGACAUUCCCACCAAUGUUGGCCCCUCUCUGGCCCCCCUGGCAGCCCUAGGUGGUGUGAUUGGGUGGGCAUUUGCACUGGAACAGCCCGGCUUCAAGAAUGGCUUCAGUAUCAUUGGGGGAGAGUUCACACGGCAGGCUGAGGUGACCUUUCUCCCAGGGAAUGAGAAGUUGAUAAUCAGGCAGGAGUUCAAAGGGACCGAUGAGCUUGACCACCUGGUGGUAAGCACCACCCUGAAUGGCCGGGUCCCUAAUGUGCCUCCUGGCUCCACCGUGCAGAUCGACCCUUAUUCUGAGGUCUACCAAUACAACAACAACUUGAUCACCUCAUCCUCUACUCGGGACUAUAUAGUGAGCAUGCCUGAUGGAUCCACUGACACUAGAACAUAUCAAUGGCGUCAGACCAUCAGCUUCCAGAGCUGCCAGCAUGGCGACGCUUUGAGAGAUGUGAAACCUAGCCAAAUGCUGAAUGUGGACCAAGUUUUUUCCAUGUAUGAUGCUAAUAAUAAACUCAUUCGGUUCGCCAUGAGUAACAAGAUUGGAGAUGUGAAUGGAGGACAGCUUGAGGAAAACCCAUGUUUUACUGGAAGACAUGGCUGUGACACCAACGCUGUUUGCCGGCCAGGCCAAGGAACCCAAUUCACGUGCCAAUGUGUUGCUGGUUUUAACGGCGAUGGUCGUAUAUGCCAUGACAUUGAUGAGUGCAGGGAGGAGUCUCAGGCCUGUGGGUCCAACUCUAUCUGUAAUAAUCAGCCUGGGACCUUCCGCUGUGAAUGUAAAGAUGGGUAUCAGUUUGGCAGUGAUGGGCGGACCUGUAUUGAUGCUGAUCGACCUGUAGACCACUGUGAGGAAGGCACCCAUGACUGUGACAUUCCUGAGCGUGCUCAGUGCAGCUACACUGGAGGUUCAGCCUACAUCUGCUCUUGCCUGCCAGGGUUCCUAGGAGAUGGCAGAAAUUGUCAAGACAUAGACGAGUGCCAGACGGGCAGGUGUCAUUCGGACGCUGUGUGCAUUAACACCCACGGAUCAUUUAUCUGCCAAUGCAGGCCAGGUUACAGAGGCGAUGGCUUCCACUGCACUUCCGGGAGAAUAAAAACACGAUGUGAGACUCACAGAGACAGUCUCUUGGGUGAGACAGAGUUUGGUCCUCGGGGUCCAAGGCCUCCUGUUGGCCAUUACAUCCCUACAUGUGAUGAAAACGGUGAAUAUGAGUCUAUGCAAUGUCAUAGCGGCAUAGGAUACUGCUGGUGUGUAGACCGAAACGGACAGGAGAUUCCGGGGACUCGCUCUGGACCCGGCAGUCAGCCAAUGUGUUUAGACCAUGGUGGUUUACCUCCACCUGUCAGACCCACCCCUCGGCCUGUUGUUGAUGUUCUGGCCCCAGGGACACACCUGCUGUUUGCCCAGAGUGGCAGGAUAGAGCAUGUCCCACUGGAAGGUUAUGAAAUGAAAAAAAAUGAUGCAAAGACUGUUCUCCAUCUACCUGAGAAGGUAAUCAUUGGAGUGGCCUAUGACUGUGUGGAGAAAAUGGUUUAUUGGACAGAUAUCACUUCUCCUUCAAUCAGCAAGGCCAGACUCCAGGGGGGAGAGCCCACUUCAGUUAUUAGAUCAGAUUUGAGCAGUCCAGAAGGUAUUGCCAUUGAUCACUUGGGGAGAACUAUGUUCUGGACGGACUCUAUGAAAGACUGCAUUGAAGUGGCAUCAUUAGACGGUUCUCAGAGACGUGUCAUUAUAAACACUGAUCUUGUAAACCCUCGUGCUAUCAUCACAGACCCUGUCAAUGGUAAUCUUUACUGGGCUGACUGGAACCGUGAGGCCCCCAAGAUUGAAACCUCCUACUUGGAUGGAUCCAACAGACGGGUGCUGGUGAAGGAUGAUCUUAGGCUGCCCAAUGGCUUGACUUUCGAUUCUCAGAGUUCUCUACUAUGUUGGGCAGAUGCAGGCACUCAUAAAAUGGAAUGUGUGCAUCCUGGGCGGGGUGACCGCCGUAAAGUUUUGGAGGGGAUUCAGUAUCCAUUUGGAAUUACGUCUUUUGGAAAGAACAUCUACUACACUGACUGGCAAAGGGAAGCAGUGGUUGCAGUGGACCGCUAUGCUGGCAGGGAAUCAGAUGAGUUCCAGCCUCAGAAACGGACAAAGCUAUAUGGGAUCGCCACAGUCUACUCCCAGUGUCCUUCAGGACAAAACUACUGUUCUGUGAACAAUGGAGGAUGCACUCACCUCUGUUUAGCAACGCCGAAUGGCCGCUCCUGCAAGUGCCCCGACAACGCAGUGGAAGUGGGCUGUGUGGAGAGGGGAGGCGGGUACUAAAAGAUCAAAGUCCUACUCUGAGAGUCAACACUUUUCAGAUAUAUUUGACUGCAAAAUAGGAGCCACAUUAAAUUCUAACAGCUGAAAAUGCCACUGAAACCAGAGAUUAACUUAACGGUGCCUUUCACUGCUCGGUGCUAUGCUAAUCUACAAUUCUUUUUAACUUUUCCCAUCUUCAAAGCCACAACCAACCCUGAGAUCUGUAAGUAUAAAAACUGUUGUGUUGACUCUUCUCCUGAGUGCACAUAAACUGAGGAUAGAGCUCAAGGGACACAUAAUUUAAUAUGAAAAAAUAAUCACAACAACACAUGAUGAUUGAAUAAUAUUGUGGCAUGUAUGGAUUUAGCUUAUCCCAUGGAACUAUUAUUGAGCAAUAGGAUGAAAACAUCUGUACAAUCUGGUUGGAUGAUGUUAGAUGCUGGGCAGCAAAGGAAUAAACAUUUUUGUACCAUG